ACAUCAACCGGGAUUAAGGGACAGGGCAAUUUAAUACUCGCUAUGGACUUUCUUCCCUCCUUACUAGCACUGACUUUGUUGGGAAAGAAUGUACUUACUGUGAUAUGUGGUUGUCCCAACUAGCUAUCUUUAGAUGAAUGCACUAACUGUAAGUUGCUCUGGAUAAGAGUCUUCUAAAUGUCCAAAAAAUGUAAAUGGGAAGGCCUGUCCAACCCAUGCGUGUGGCAGAGUGGAGCAGAAUGUAGAAGUGUGUGUGUGUGUGUGUGUGUUCCACGGAGCACCCGGGCAUGUCAGGUGUCACUGACAUCUGUGCAAAUGGGUCCGUUCUUUAGCUGUGUGCUUCUCAGCUAGUACACACACACCCACUCUUGUCACAAAAUGUUGCCACUAUGUUGAGCAAGCUCUCACACACAGGGGGUGGAUUAUUGCGAUUGCGGGGUUAACGUAAGGACUUAACAUUCCAAAAAUAUUGAACUUUUUUUUUUUUUUGUGUGUGUGGGGGGCCGGCAUGAGAAUGUUUUUGCUUAGUUGACAAAAGUAAUUGGAGCACGGACCUUGCAACAUUUUGACACAAGAUGUGGAUUCUUUGGUGGGAAGCGAUGCGGAAUUACCUGAAGGAGCGAGGCGACCAAACUGUCCUGAUCCUGCAUGCAAAAGUUGCACAGAAAUCUUAUGGCAAUGAAAAAAGGUUCUUCUGUCCUCCCCCGUGUGUGUACCUGAUGGGCUCUGGCUGGAAGAAAAAGAAGGAGCAAAUGGAGAGAGACGGCUGCUCGGAGCAGGAGUCUCAGCCCUGUGCAUUCAUAGGUAUAGGAAACUCUGACCAAGAGAUGCAGCAACUCAACCUAGAGGGAAAGAACUAUUGCACAGCCAAAACCUUGUACAUAUCAGACUCCGACAAGAGAAAGCACUUCAUGCUGUCCGUCAAGAUGUUUUACGGCAACAGCACAGACAUUGGCGUCUUCCUCAGCAAGAGAAUCAAAGUAAUCUCCAAGCCCUCCAAAAAGAAGCAGUCCCUGAAGAAUGCAGAUCCAGUGUGUAUUGCAUCGGGGACCAAGGUGGCCCUGUUCAACCGGUUGCGGUCCCAGACGGUCAGCACGCGCUACCUACAUGUGGAGGGGGGAAACUUUCAUGCCAGCUCCCAGCAAUGGGGUGCCUUCUACAUCCACCUGUUGGAUGACGAGGAGUCUGAAGGAGAGGAGUUCACUGUGAGAGAUGGCUAUAUCCACUACGGACAGACGGUCAAACUGGUCUGCUCUGUCACCGGGAUGGCCCUGCCACGACUGAUCAUCCGUAAAGUGGACAAGCAGACGGCCCUGCUGGAUGCAGACGACCCCGUCUCCCAGCUCCACAAGUGUGCCUUCUACCUGAAGGACACAGAGCGCAUGUACCUGUGCCUUUCCCAAGAGAGGAUCAUCCAGUUUCAAGCCACUCCAUGCCCAAAGGAACCAAACAAAGAGAUGAUCAACGACGGAGCGUCCUGGACAAUCAUCAGCACGGACAAGGCUGAGUACACCUUCUACGAGGGCAUGGGCCCCGUCCACUCGCCUGUCACCCCCGUGCCUGUGGUCGAGAGUUUACAGCUAAACGGUGGUGGGGACGUGGCCAUGCUGGAGCUGACGGGACAGAACUUCACUCCAAACCUGAGGGUCUGGUUUGGAGACGUCGAGGCAGAGACCAUGUACAGGUGUGCAGAGAGCAUGCUGUGCGUGGUGCCCGACAUCUCUGCCUUCCGUGAGGGCUGGCGCUGGGUGCGGCAGCCGGUGCAGGUGCCCGUCACGCUGGUGCGAAAUGACGGGAUCAUCUACUCCACCACACUCACCUUCACCUACACGCCGGAGCCUGGGCCGCGGCCGCACUGCAACGCCGCCGGAGCCAUCCUGCGGGCGGGCAGCGACCGCCUGCUCACGGCUAGCAGCAACAUCGCUAACAACAGCGACGCUAACAACACCUACGGCCCCAACGGCUCCAACGCAGGAGUCACGUCCUCUUCCACGGCCGCCACCGUGGUGUCCUAACACACACACACACACACACACACUUAUACACACAAUAUGCCUUGAGAGCAAAACGUACCACAUGGUAAGAAAAGACUACAAAGUAAACGGACUCUCUAAAAGUGCUGCAUAUUGAUUUUGGAUACAAGAAAAGAAGCUGAAAUAGGAAAUUGGUCGGACAAAAGGGAGGAAGAGGAGGAAUUCGAAGGAAAGAACGAUGUCAAAAGUUGUCAACCAACGGAAAUAAGAGAAACUGUGCGGAACUCCUCACCGCUACCAUCUUGUCUCUGGUGUUGGAGCUGUGGAAUAAGUUCCUAUUGGCUCAGAGUACCAGCGCCUUUGUCGGCCGUGAGAAAAUCGAUACCACAACAGCGAUGCAUCUGCCACAUGUAUAAAAUGUUAACAUAAAAGGAUAGUUUUUGUGCUCCCCUCCCUCCGAUCAUUUUUUUCCUCCUUUGUUUUUAUAUGUUGCGUUAGUUUGUGUAUGUUUCUGUAAAGGGGGCGAGAUGUAUCGUUGUUGGAGGGAGAGCGAGGAUUGGGUAUAGAGGGACACAUAUAAAAACGUGAUGAUGAUAACAGUUUUUAUGGACCAAGGAUCUCGUAUAAGCUUUAGUAAAGGUACAUUUUCUCCAUACCUUUUUUUGUAUGAAAUAUAUAGUACACUUUUGUUACCAAAUAGUUUCUAUUCUCACCCUCCUAGCUUUGGCCUUUUUUUGGGGGGGGGGGGGGCAAAUCCCGACCUGGCUUGUGUAUUAUAGCUACCCUUAUCUCCGUCAAACGCCUGCUCCUCCCCCCCCCCGGUCUUUUGGACGGAACGUUAAAUUUUUGAUACUUUGCUCUUAAAAAAAAAUGACUAAAGUCUGGGGAUUUCUUUUUGUUUUGUUUACCUAACCGAAGGUUCGGUUUGUGUUAUGAAGUGACCUCAGAAGGCCUAAUUUUGGAUUCUCCAUUGGUUUUUAUGAAGUCUUUAAAAAGAAAAGCUUUAAGCAAUGCCUCUGCCUUGUCUGCAAUACUCUCUGUGUGCUACUCGCUACGUUUCCUUCGGAAAUUACAUGUCUGUACAUCACACAAGGAGCCAUAACGAAGUCUGCAGAAUUCUUCCAUUGUAUUUCAAACUUUAAAAAACUCGACUUCCACUACCAGUUACAAAAUAGUUUCUCAUUUCCACAUACAUUUUAUGAUUCUAGUCAUCAAAUUGAAAAGGUAGCCUUAGAACUGUAUAUUAUUACUGUGCACACAGUCAGAAGAUAUCGUGUCAUAUAUCCCAUGUUGAGAUCAUGCCGAUGUAUUGGUCGCCACAGAAGUAUCUGACGACGUCUUGAAAUCUGUCAGUCCGUAUACUGUCUCACCAGGCCUUGGUGUCUUCCUGUGUAUAGUUCUCGUGGUAUUUAAAACUUCCAUUGUUUUGAGAAAACAGAAAAGACAGACCAAUUUGAUGUGGCCUUACCGCUAACUUAAAUGUCAAAGAGAACCGAUACCCUUCCAACGACCUGCCCUUUCCAUUUACGUAACUUCCAAGAACCUGUGUGAUGCAAAAACAGUCUGUCUGUCUUAUCACCACUUGUUAAGUUGUUUCAUUGGACUAUAUUACCCAUAAUGCAAUCCAUCUGCCACUGCUCCAAAACCACAUUGUCAGCCUUCUGGAAGAUUUGUGGACCUUUUUAAGAAUAAUAUUAACUCUGUUCAGUGUACAAGUACAAUACUUAUAUAAAUGAUGUACUUUAUUAUCACAGUGCCCUGCUUUCUCCAUUUUGGCAUGGAUACAUUGUCUUGUGAGGGCUUUGAGCUCCUCUGUUUGGCCUCCUGAAAGCCUUUUAACUAACGUCCUGUGGUUUUUGACCUUACACAACAAUUACAUGUACAUUGUAAAACUCGCUUUCUGAAAGUAGCCACACUCACCGGCUGUAUUUAUGGUGAUCAAGUCUCCUGUUAGAAUUAAUAAGGCCUUCUAGAUGUGUGUCUGUGUAAUUGAAUAUGUGUAUUUGGAAAAACGUACAGCAAUAUUGUACAGGUCAUGUCGUCGUGUCUCUUGGGGUUUGUCUGCCUGACCACUAGUUCACCAGCCUGUGUGUGUGUGUGUGUGUGUGUGUGUGUGUGUGGUGGUGGGGGGGGUUGUGUGUGUGUGAGAGUGAGUGUGUGUGUGAGAGCGAGUGUGUGUUUGGCUCCUCUGUGUAGUCUAACAAUGGAACAGUGAGUGAGACUCGCUCCAUUUCAAAAUGUGGUUGGGUGGGUGGGUGCGUGGAUGCGUACACCGUUUUAUGUUCCAAACAAUCAAUGCUCUUGUAAAGAUGGACUUUGAAGAUUGUUUGGGUCCCGCGCCGUCUUCCGACUUGAUCCAAAUAUAAAACAAGUGAUUGUUUCUCUCUCAUUGUUGGAAAUAAUAUGUGGAUCAACACAAUUAAAAAAAGAAAAAGGCAAUACUUUGAUCAUAGUAUUACAGUGGAACUGUAUAUACUUCCGGGAAGAACUAUGAUGCUUUAACUUGAAUGUCUGCUUAUUAAUUAAGAAGUAUUUCUGGCCAAUGUCAUUCAUGUACCCAUUUAACAGUCAUAUCCCUUUAAUAAUGGGGAACAAAAAAGUGCUCUAUUUCUCCCCCCCCCCCCCCCCCAAAAAAAA